AUGCCACCCAGGCAGCCUACCAAAGGCCAGAACCGAGGAGGAAAAACGACAAAUAAAAACUUUGACUGGAUAGCAUCCGUUCUUACGUAUGAAGGCAAUCAGGAUGAACUUCCCCCAGAGAAGAGACAGGGUAUCCAAGAGGAUUUGUUACGACUACUUCGCAAACUGCGAGAAGGGGUGAUGGCUUCUGGUCGAGAAGAUUCUUUCGCCACUGAUGUUACAGUAUAUGAGAUGUCGCUUUUCCUUGCAGCAGCUUAUGGCAAGACCGACCAAGUGACAGCGGUCGCAACGCAUCUCCUACCAACCGAAACUAUUCACAGUGCCGCCUCUCCGACAUGGAAAAGGCCUCCCCCGCGAGAGUUUGUCAUCCUUUUAAUCCUCCUUCACCAUAUUGUCAUCGGCCUUCGUUCCUCUGCGUCACUUCGAUGGGUAGUACUUGCCAUCUCGAGCCCUCUCCUCACAUCCAAAGUGUGUCGCAACAAUCUCGACUGGUUAAAGAACAUCAUUCUCUCACUCAGGGCGCACAACUACCAGUCGUUCUGGAAGAUUGCCUCUGAGGAUCAUAUUGCUACGGUUGCCCGAGCCUCGUCCCCUUCUGGCACACCCAGCCAACGGGAGCUCGCAGCCAUUCAUGGUGAACUGCAUAAAAUUCGCCAAGAGGAGAGCGAGAAAUGGCUCUCGAAUACUCUUCGUCUGGGUCCUCUCGCAUCCACUUGGCUUUCAGAAAGACAGAGACUGUGCGAGGCGUCACCGACAGAUGGCAAGACUUCCCGCUGGACAAUAUAUAAGCCGAAAGCAUGA